AUGGGUUACGAAAAGCGAUUAGUGGGUUCUGCCAACAAAAUUAAGAACUUCUUUGACAAGUUCCCAAAAGUGUACAAUGUGUACAUCGUGUGUUCAAUUUCGACUAUUUCUGGUAUGAUGUUCGGUGUGGAUAUCUCCUCGAUCUCUGCCUUUAUCGGUACCGAUCAGUACAGGAGAUAUUUCAAUAAUCCCGGAUCUGCAAUUCAAGGUUUCAUUACGUCAUCUAUGGCUUUAGGUUCAUUUUUCGGCUCUCUUGCAACCUCAUUUGUGUCUGAACCUUUAGGAAGACGUAUAUCCCUCGUUAUUUGCUCAUUCUUCUGGGUUGUUGGUGCUGCUAUCCAGUCCUCAGCUCAAAAUAGGGCUCAGUUGAUUAUUGGCAGACUUAUUUCUGGAAUUGGUGUUGGAAUAGGAAGUACGGUUGCACCAGUUUACGGAUCAGAGUUAGCACCUCGUAAAGUCAGAGGAUUUGUGGGUGGACUUUUCCAAUUCUGUGUCACUCUUGGUAUCUUGAUCAUGUUUUAUGUCUCCUACGGAUUGCACUUUAUCAAUGGAGUGGCAUCUUUCCGUAUUGCCUGGGGAUUCCAGAUAAUUUUCGGUCUUGCUUUGUUUUUGGGAGUCUUCUUCUUGCCGGAAUCUCCUAGAUGGCUUGCAAAGCACGGAUUCUGGGAUGAAUGCGAGUCUGUGGUCUCAAAAAUACAGGCUAAGGGAAAUACUGAGGAUCCAGAUGUUAGGAUUGAAAUUGCGGAGAUUAAGGAGCAAAUCUUGGUUGACGAAAAAGCAGACACGAUCACAUAUGCCACGUUGUUCAACAGAAGAUACAGAUUCCGGACCGUUACAGCAAUAUUUGCUCAGAUUUGGCAGCAAUUGACUGGAAUGAACGUCAUGAUGUACUACAUUGUGUACAUUUUCCAGAUGGCUGGCUACACCGGAAACACAAAUUUGGUUGCUUCAUCAAUUCAGUAUGUUUUGAACACCGUCCUGACAAUUCCGGCCUUAUUCCUCUUGGACAAAAUCGGCAGAAGACCAGUUUUAAUGGUCGGAGCAUUGCUCAUGAUGAUUUUCCAGUUUGCAGUGGCUGGAAUCUUGGGAACGUACUCGGAACCUGUUUCCUCAGUUGGUGGAGACGAUACCAUUCGUAUUCGUAUUCCGGACAGCAACAAGAGUGCGGCAAGAGGUGUGAUUGCAAUGUGCUACUUGUUCGUUUGCUCAUUUGCAAGUACUUGGGGUGUGGGAAUCUGGUUAUACUGCUCUGAGGUUUGGGGUGACAAUGCCAUUAGACAGAGAGGAGCAUCUCUCUCGACUGCAGCCAACUGGAUUUUCAACUUUGCCAUUGGAAUGUACACACCAUCAUCUUUCAAGAAUAUCACUUGGAAGACUUACUGCAUUUAUGCGACAUUCUGUGCCUGCAUGUUCUUCCAUGUGAUGUUUUUCUUCCCGGAGACUAAGGGCAAACGGUUGGAGGAGAUUGCCCAGAUCUGGGAUGAGCACAUUCCCGCAUGGGAGACCGCUUCUUGGCAGCCAGAGUUUACUGCUGCCGAAGAGAAAGACGUGGCUAGUAAAAUGCAAACUGAACAUGUUGAGAAUGCCAAUAGAAGUAAUGGUGUCGACCAGAUUUCCAGCAGCGAAUAG